AUGUCUUUCGCGUCCUCGCAUUUGUACGGUCGCUUUUUGAAGUAUAAGGUGAAGCAAAGAUGUUCUUUUUCUGAUGAUGUCAAGACGACGCUUCGACGAAAAGUCGUGAACAACGUCGCUGCUGCUGCGACGACCACCACCACCGAUCGGGAUGAUGGUAUCAUCGGGAUCAGGAGACAAAGAAGAAGAGGUGGGUUAAUUGCCACGAAGUACGCGUUGGCGGAAAACGGCGUUCUCGAUGGGAGCGACGAGCUCUCCGUGAAUACCAACCCGAACCAGUGGACGUCCAUCGAGUCCGGCACGGUGCAGAAAGCUGGUUUCGUCAAGCCGGAGAAGUUUACGAAAGAUUUUUCGAAACCGAUGUCUAUUCCAACUGAAGGAAUUGAAGCGGCGAUUCGAGUGAUGGAAUCUGGGCGUGUUUUUCGAUACUGCGCGACGUCGGCGGAGACGAGUGAGGUCGCGCAAGCGGAGGACCAGUUCGCGGAGAUGGUUGGUCAAAAAUACGCAAUCGGGGUGAACUCGUGCUCGAGCGCGAUUUUUAUCGCCAUGUUAGCCACUGGAGUGGAACAAGGGGAUAAAGUUUUGACCAACGGGUUUACUUUUACCGCGCUGCCGAGUUGUAUUUUAAGAAUAGGGUGCGAACCGGUCUUGGUGGAAUGCACGGAGAACUUUACGAUGGAUUUGGAUGAUUUGGACAAGAAGGCGGGCGAAUCCGGCGCGAAGGUUUUGUUGAUGUCGCACAUGCGAGGAAAGGUGUGUGAUAUGGAUAAAGUGGUUGCUAUUUGCGAGAAGCACGGGAUGAAGUUGAUCGAAGAUUGCGCGCACGGGUGUGGGGUGAGAUACAAAGGAAGACAGUUGGGCUAUCACGGGGUCGUCACGGCGUACUCGACACAAUCCGAUAAGGUGAUCAACUCCGGCGAAGGUGGGUUUAUCACCACGGACGACGACGAUAUCGCGGCGAGAUGUUUGUACAUGUCUGGAUGUUACGAGAGAAGGUACAGCAAGCACGCGCGCAUGCCACCGCAGGAGUUGUGCGAGAAGUACAUGUUGACUAUGCCGAACUUGUCCAGUCGCAUGAACGAAGUUACCGCCGCGAUGAUGCGCCCUUUAAUUGCCAACUUGUACUCGGAACGUUUGCCGAGAUACAUGGAAAGAUGGUUGUUGAUCACUUCCGUCAUCGAUUUGAUGGCUGGUGAGUACGUCAGCGUCCCAACCAGUGGCCCGAACGUGGAAGAUGUUGGGGACCAUUUGAACUUCACUUUGAAGAACGUCACGGAGGAAGAAAACGCCAAGUUUCGAGAGAUUACCACCGAACUCGGUGUGAACUUAGGCUGGUUCACCUCCUCCGUUAACGCCCGCUUUCACAAAAACUGGGAGAAGUACGGCACACCGAAGUACGAUUUACCGCAAACGGAUAAAGUUUUGGAAUAUUCGUACGAUAUGAAGAUGCCGCCGGAUUUCGAAACGGAAGAUUUUCAACACAUUGGACACGUCAUCAGUUACGCGGUGAACAAAGCCAAAGGGUUGUGCGCGUAA